UCUCUCUCUCACUCUCCCAAUUUAUGAAAAAGUCUCAUUAGAGCAACACAGAGAGGGAUAUAUUAUUUUUCACACGUUCUCGUGGCAAAACAACAACAGAAGCAUACAUUCUCAUUGUAUAAUUUUAGUGACGAUAAAGUAUAAUAAAUAAUAUUAUUAUCAAUUUAUAAAAAUAUCAAAUUCAGGUGUGUGUUUAUUCAAUAGUGCUAUACUGAUAUUGUGAUUGUAAAUUACAAACAAUAUACAAAUUAUAUUGUCAUCAUAUCAUUGAACCAGAGGGAAAAAAAAAAAAUAAUAAUUGGCUGAUGAAAGUCAUGGCCAACAAGAAUAAUACAGAUUGGGAAUCGCCAAAAGGCACCAAUGUUAUGUGAUCCGUGAAACAACAUCUAACUUAUAUAUUUUUCCUGUGUGUGACUAUCAUAAAUAAUAUAAUAAUAAUUAUAAUAUUAUUUUUUCUUUGUGUGUUUGUGUAUUAUUAACAAUAUUGAAAAAUAUUAUUCACAUUUGUUCACAUUGGUCUUUUUUUUUUUUUAGUAGUAGUUCUAAUCCGUAUUUACAUUAUAAGGUGUAAUGAAAACAAUAAAAAGGAAUUCGUAUAUAUGUAUUAUUAAGUGAUACAGUAAAUUUUUUUAAUCAAGUAAUUAUGUCUGCACUGUCAUUGCACUGAUAAAUAUUUUUAAAAAGAUACUAUUGUCUACCCACGCGACGACAAAAUUCAGUGUGCACAUGUGUAUGUGUAUAUUUUAUUUUUAUAUACACAUUUUAUUUUUACAACAUAAUUAUAUUUUCAUCAACAAAUAACAAAAAAAAAAAAAAUACAAAUUAAUAAUUGGUUUUGUUUACGUGAUUGAAUAUAUAUUUUUUUUUUGUUUAUCAAUUAAAUUAUUUAAUUAAUUGAAUUAAAGGAUAAUUGAAUAUAUUAUUUGUUUAAAAAACAAAACAGCAAUAACAAUACCUUGCUGUUGUUGUUAUUGUUGGUGUAUUGUUGACCUUUGUUUUGUUUGUAAAUAAACAUUCAAAAUGGUUGAUCAAAAUUACUCGGAAUUUUUACUUGAACUUGGAAGUAAUGCAAUGGAUACAUUGGUUAAACAAGAACCAAUUCAAGGUUUAGAAAUGAGUUCAUCAUCAGCAUCAGUACCAAUACCAGGUGGUCAUCGUGGUACACAUGGUGUUUAUGAUCAAUUUUCACCAUCACCAUUGGCAAUUAAUUCAAUUUGGAGUACAAAAACAGAUCAAGAUGAUUCACAAUUUAGAAUUGAUGCUGAACAAUUGGGUAUUAGUUUUAAAAUGGAAGAUGAUGAUAUAUUUCAAGUUGAUAAAGCUGAUUUAAUACAAGGACCAACAUUAGCUGAAUUAAAUGCAAAUGAUGAUAUAUUACUUGGUGAUUUAAAUUUUGAUGAUUUAUUAUUACCAGAAGACAACAGAAUUAUUCAAACACAAAGAAAUGAACAAAUUAUUAAUGAUAAUUCUGGUGGUCCAAUGUUUAGUAAUAAUGGAUUAAAUUUUACACCAAGUAGAUUUCCACAAACAUCUGGAGUUUAUAAAAAUUGUCAAUCUUAUAAUGUUAAUUCUGGUUUAAUAUUAAAUGCUGGAUUAACACUUAUUGAUAAUAACAGUAUGGAACCAGUUAGUCCACCUGCUUAUCCAAGUCCUGGUACUAGUAAUAUUGCAGAAUCCUAUGAUUCAUGUUACGAUUUAGGAAGUUCAACACCAAGUUCUUCAACAUCACCUCAUCCAGUUGUACGACCAACAGGUCAAUCAACUCUUCAUGAACUUCUCAUGCGCAAAGGUGAUGUUCCACCAAGUAGUCCAAUGAUAAGUCAUAUGGAUAUAACACCAAAUGAACCAUCUGGAAGUAAUCCAAAAGUAUCAAGACUCUCAAUGUCAGCACCAACACAAUCAAUGGGAUUAGAACAAUUAUGGGCAAGACGAGAACCACGUCAACAUUUACUAAGUACUGGAAGUUUAGCUGCUGUUGAAGUAGGUUCAACAAGUAGUCUUAGUACUGGUGGUGCAUUAAGUCCAGAUCCACUUGGUACAACUGAUGGAAUUGGACAACUCAGUCAUGAUGAAGGAUAUGAAGACAGUGAUGAAGAUAGUGAUCAUUAUGAUGAUUUUAGCAGUGAAAAUGAUAGUGGAGGUAGUGAUGUUGAGGAUCAAGGUAUACGUGGUAGUAAUGAUACUGUUCGUGAAUCAAAAUUAAGCAAAAAAGAAAAAUAUUUUUGGCAAUAUAAUGUACAAGCAAAAGGUCCAAAAGGACAAAGAUUAGUUGCUCGUGUACGUCUUGAAGAUCCUCAUGUAUUAAAUGAAGCAACUGAUCCAGUUUUUAGUCCACAUUGUGCAUUAAGAGGUAUUAAACACAGUGGUAAAGCAAGAAAAGGUGAUGGUAAUGAUUUAACACCAAAUCCAAGAAAAUUACAUAGUAUUGGACGUGAAUUGGAUAAAUUAUCACGUGUUAUUAAUGAUAUGACACCUGUUUCGGAAUUACCAUUUACAGCUAGACCAAAAACACGUAAAGAAAAAAAUAAAUUAGCAUCAAGAGCAUGUAGAUUAAAGAAAAAAGCACAACAUGAAGCUAAUAAAAUUAAAUUACAUGGACUUGAACAAGAACACAAACGUUUGAUAUAUGGAAUUGCACAAAUGAAAGCAACACUCAGUGCAAAAGCAUCUGAAUCAAAUACCGAAACACAAGAAGAAUUAACACGACAAAUGGACAGAAUAUGCAAAGUUGCUACGAAAGUGCGGAUUGCCAAUCACUCAACUGAUUUCGUUAACAAAGUCCUUGAUAAAGUCAAGGCAGGUGUUCCUGAUGGUGGAAUUGAUGAAUUUUAAUAUAUUCAUCAUUAUAUUUUUUUUUUAAUUAUUAUUUUAUCAUUAUUAUAAUUAUGUUAUAAAUAUAUUAUUAUUAUUUUUCAUCUAUUUUUAAUAUAUACAUCGAGAGUUUGAAAAAUAGUCUACAUGCACGUUUAGCGAGUUAUAUGUAUUUUUAUGAUUCAGAGAUUUAGAAAAACAAAAAGAAAAGAGAUUUAUCUCAACAAAAAAAAAAAUUGAAUCGUUAUAAUUAAGAUUUUUUUUUUUUUUUAAUUUUUAAUUUAACAUUUAUUUACGUUAGCUGUGAACGUAUUUAUACUUGGGAGUGUCGUCCCAAUUGUUCGUUCCAAUAUUUUUUUUUUUUUUUUUUGUCUUGUAGACAUUUAUUUUUUAUUCUUUUUAUACGUUUUCAAACUAAUAUUUAAUUCGUGUUAAAAAAAAAAAAUAAAAUUGAUGUUGAUUGUUGAAUUUGAAUGAUUUAAUUGGGGCAAGUUUUCUCUCAAGUGUACGAAAUAGUUGGCUGACUUGGUCUACCUCAGAAUGAAACGCUAUACCUGCAAAAAAAAAAAAAAAACAAUAAUGUCUGAAAACAAAAAAAAAUUUACAUUAAAUUAAUCUGAGAACCGAUUAUGUUACUCUUUUAGAUUUAAAAAAAAAAUUGCGGGUACAGCUCUGGUUAGCUAAGCCUAUGAAAAUUAUAUUUAUACAUCCAUCGGAUUUUUAAUUAUAUAUUUUAUUAAUAUAUAUUAUUAUUAUUAUUAUAUAUCUAACAUACUUCAUAGACAUUAUAUAUUACCUAUAUUACAGAGUAUAAAGCAGAAUAAUAAUAAUUUGUAUACUAGUUUUUCAUAUAAAAAAAAAAAACAAAAAAAAUAAAACAGCAGCUUUGAGCGUAAUGUCAAUUGAGAAUUGCCUAGUUUUUAUUUGGCAGAUUGAACAAAA